AUGUUACUGGGUGAUACACUGAUCCUAGAUGACCUGGACUGUGCAAAUAAAUACAGACAACAGGUGAGUACACUUGAUGUUGAUGCAUUUAAAGGUGAUGUUACACGGGGCGAUUCGCAGCAACGAUUUGAUUCGUUCCAACAUUGCCGGCAAUGCUGUGUCACGGCUGGCUAUUUCAGGUUGUUAACAUUGCCAAUAACGCUUCCUUGUGCGCUAUGGAACUUAACGUAAGCGAAGAAAUUUUCUUGCAAACGACGAAAUCACAGCUUCCUGUCAAAUAAACGUCUUUCAAGCAUUAUAUCAAACGUUAAAUGCAACAAAAAUGAACUUUGAAAACUAUUAGGCGAACAAGUUUUCAGCUGGACAAUGGCUCGGUCAUUUUAAGGCCCUGAGAAUUAGACUCGUAGAAGGUGGAAUCCAGACCAGGCUCCAUUUUUAUAAAAUGUGGUUACUAUCCAGUGGAUAACUCAAUUCCUUUCCCUUAUACCUAUCCACUGGACAGAUCUUUUAUCCUGUAGAUAGCGCUAUCCAACGUUUGAUCGACUAUCAGCUUUCCAUCAAUGGAGCUAACUCUUUGGCGCGGGUUUUUCGAGCCUUUAACCUAAUUCCAAAAUUACAGGAAUAGUUGUGGCUUUGAGACGACUGCAAUUCAAUAAAGAAAACUACUAAUUUACGCCUGACUGUUGCGAACUUAACCAAAGACGUUUUAGAGCGACACACGUCAACCAGAAGUGGCCGUCAUUGCAUUACUGUGCAGCAAUUUUUCCCAAAUGUUCCGGCAACUCGUCUCAGUAAAAGUAAAAAUACUUAGCAAGACACAUUAUUAGCUAGCCUCCCCGCAGACGUCCUUUGGGGUUCGUUCGUCACGCAUUCAUUUCUCCCCCACGGACUGUGUUUAGCAGACGUCCGUGGGGGAGAAAUGAAUGCGUGACGAACGAACCCCAAAGGACGUCUGCGGGGAGACAUAUUAUUAGCGUCAAGGUAUAUUAAAAGGGAAAAAGCCUUACUUCCGGUUCACGUGCUACGUCCAGAAACGUCUUUGCUUAAGCUCUCUUGUGUAUUGUUAUGAUCUAGGUUGUAAAGCACACUCAUUGUCCUACGAUUCUUACAAGAGGAGGAGAUCUCAUCAGAAGCAACGGUAAGUUAUUUAGCCCAUUAACCUUUAAGUGACUAGUGUUUAAGAUUUCUCCUUAUUCUUACACUGUUCAGUCAAACAUGAAUAUUGAUAACGAGUUGAGCUGCUAGGUCGCGCAAUCCGUAAUGGUGAGGUAGAAUUUCUGCUUAUUCUUAAACUGUUCAGUCAAACAUGAAUAUCAAUAACAAGCUGCUGGCAGGUCGCGCAAUCUCACGUGAUCUUGGAAUGACGCAAUAGUGAGGUAGAAUUUCUCCUUUUUCUUACACCAUUCAGUCAAACAUAAAUACCGUGAGAAAAAGCACAUGAUCAGCAAGUGAAAAAGGUCUUGAUUACGAAGUUAAUUCUCCUUGCAAGUAAGAUAUGCGUGUAGAACGUUGUGACGAAUGUGUGUAUUAAUUUAGGUUUUAAAGGCUGGCACCAUUCCCCGUGAUACCGUUUCUUCUAGUGAGAAUUUUCAUCUCCAUAGUCUUGCUCUCUUGCAAAGGUAAAUUCGGCGGACUGCAGAACAAAGCUCCUCCUCUUGAGAGAAUGCGCGGCGCAGGGCUCGCUGCGCCUCUUCCGCUGGCAUUCCAUUCACUGACAACGCAGAAGGGUGAGUGACAACUAAAGCUCUUCUUAUUUUCCACCGCCGAUGUAUAACUCCAACAUUGCUGCUAAUGUUUUUCUUUAUUCAUUAUGUUGUCAGAACAACUACAAAGCUUUUAAACAAGCCGUUAUUAAACACACACAAGCCAAGGAAGAACUUUCGGUAUGCUUAAAGAAGCGCAUCGCAUUGGUGCCUUUUUUUUUUUUCCUUUCGUACACAAAUCCACCCUGCUGUCAGUCUUGUUUUCUUGAGUAGUCUAGAGUGCGGAUGAGAAAAAGAAGCUCUGCCCAAAUCGUGUCGAGUCUUGUUUUCACUCUUUCAGUCCCAAAAGUGAGCAACGUCAAUUUUCUCCUAACAAUAUCCAUAUUGACAAGAGGCAAGGUUAUGAGAAUGAAUAAAAUGAUCGCCAAAGAAAAAUGCCUUGAUCAUUUAUAAAAUUCUCUCUACUAAUUCUUAAGGGAAAUGUAUAGCGUUGCAUGUGUAUAUUAAUUGGGGAUUAGAGGGUUAGGGUCGCUUUCCUUCUUGAAGAGUUGAAUCCGCUACUUUUCUGUUCAGCUCGCGAGUUUCUUUUCAAAACAAUCAGUUGGCAACGGUUACCUGAUUGCCUAAAUUUGUUCUUCUUGCAUUUGAAGCGAAUUCUUUCUCUAUCACCUUUCUCUAACAGCUACAGCUACAGCACGGACAAACGGAGGAGAUGAAAAUUAAACACCGGGAAUGCAGGAGGCUGAAACCCAGUUACGCAUGA